UCCCGAGCGAGAGGCAGGCAGUAGUCGGCGAGGAGCUCAACUUUUAAUGUAUGCGGGCCGAGUCGGGCCAGUGUGUCGGCGCGCACUGCUUUCUCCUCCUUUAUGCAUCCUCCUGUUCGACUUGGCUCAACAACUGCUUGCUGGUUUCUCACCGGCUCGGUAGCUAAAGCUGUUUUUGGCACAAAAAGCGGUUUUGUGUCAGUUUCUUUUAUGUUGUCCAGCCCUCCUGCGACUCCCAGCACGUAAUAGGCCUUGACUGAGUGAUUGAGUGAGUGACUGCAUGGACCGGACUGAACAUGAAGAGCCUUAAAGCCAAGUUUAGAAAAACUGAUGUCAAUGAGUGGAACAAAAACGACGAGCGUCUGCUUGCUGCGGUGGAGCAUGGCGAGGUGGAGAAGGUGGCAUCGCUUCUUUCCAAGAAAGGCGCCAGCGCUGUGAAGCUGGACAGCGAGGGCAAAUCAGCCCUUCAUGUGGCAGCUACACGCGGCCAGACAGACUGCCUUUCCGUCAUUUUGGCCCAUGGAGCUGACCUGUCAGUCACUGAUGCUGCAGGUUUGAAUCCGUUGCACCUGGCUGCAAAAAACAGUCACAUCGAGUGCUGCAAAAAGCUCAUUCAGAGUAAAUGUCCUAUCGAUGCUGUAGACAGCUCAGGAAAGGCUGCUCUGCAUCAUGCUGCUGUCAGUGGGAACAUCCAGACCGUCCAACUGCUGUGUGAACUCAAAAGUCCCAUCAACUUGAAAGAUGCAGAUGGGCUCACCCCCUUGCUGUUGUCAGCCAAACACGCUCAUGCUGAAGUAUGCAGCACUUUGCUAGACUGCGGCGCUGAAGUCAACGCUUCUGACAACAGUGGCAGGACAGCCUUGAUGCUGGCCAGCGAGUCCAACAGCGUUUCUGUUGUUGAAGUCUUGGUUCAGCGAGGAGCAGAUCUGUCGGCUGUAGAUUCACAAGGCCACGAUGUCGCACAGUACGCGGCCAACUCUGACAUCAAAGCUGCCCUCACUGCUGCCCUGAAGAGACAACAGGUCUCAGAUACAAAGUCUCCUAGAAGUCCUCAGCAUGAUCAAGUAGCUAAGCUAAGUGAUGAACGGAUCACAACUCCCAAAAAACGAAAAGCACCUCCACCUCCUAUUAGCCCACUGCAGAGCUCUGGACCCUCUUCUCCUGCCACUGUUAUCUCCACUGGGACCCCUGCAUCCAACAAAAGUGACACUCCCAAAAGAUUCACCUACAAGGAGGAUGAAGUUCAAGGAAUGGCACUGAAAGAGGAGGUUGACAAGCUCCAUGAGGAGAGAAACAUGUUGCUGGAGACCAUCGAGGACCUGAAGCAGACGGUGUCUGUUCCUGAACUGGAUACAAAGGUCGAGCACAGUUUUACAGCAUCUGCAGCUCUGGUUUCCGCUCUGCAAGCCAAGAUUAAUGCUCUUACUUUGGAGAACCAGCAACUUGCAAGCAAACUCAAGAAAUAUCCGUUCCUCCAAGGAAGCGAGGACCUGAAGGAGACCAGUCGUCCAAACAGCAUGGCCUCCAACUCCUCCUUCCACUCCACCAGGGAUGAGUUUGAUUCACUUCCGCCACAAGUCCCUUCCACCAACCAGGUGGAAAGAGAAGACGGUUCAGGCGUCAGACGGGAGGAAGAAGAGAGUGAAGGGAGCAAAGAGGAGAUCAGACUGUUGAGACAGGCGCUAGAGGGCGUUCAAAUGAAACUGUUAGAAACCAGAAAGGAAAACCGCUCGCUGCAGGCCCAGCUGAAACCUGAGCGAGACAGGGAAAGAGAGGAAUAUGAAAGUGUGCGGGAGAAAGGAAGAGAGGAAGAGUUGAUGGAAAGUCUAGCAGAGCUUCAGGCCAAGCUGACAGAUACUCAGGAGAGAUACCACCAAGCUGUGGAGGACGUGGAGGAGCUGAGAGCGCAGAUGGGAAGGGGAGGAGGUGAGCUGAUGGAGGAACAGGAGGUCCGGAGACGCGCGUCAUCCGAACUCGAACGUGAAGUAAAACAGCUGAAGGCCCAGCUCGCCCAAUCAGGACCCGAGCAAGAGAAAGCAGCAGAACGAAUCAGACAGCUGGAGGAGGCGCUGAGGAGGGUAGAGGAGGAAAGACACAGUGUAAAGGAGAAAGAACAGAGGACUGCACAGAUUGAAGAGCUGUACAAGGAGGCGCAGGAGGAGAUUAGGAUGCUCCAGGAGGCUCUAAGGGGUACAGUGCCAGUUGAAGCUGCAGCCAAAGACUUUGAAGAAAUGAAGGCUGAGCUAAACGAGGUAAUUGCUGGGAUGCAGCGGCGCUUGCUGGAACUCUCGCACUCCUACAGUGAAACAAAGAGUCAGCUAAGUGCUGUGCAGAAACAGCUGGCUGAGGCCCGAGCUGAGAGCAGCGCAGCCUCAUCUCCCUCCUCCGAACAACAGCAGCAACAACAACAGGUCCCGCUGCUAAACAGCAAGGUGGAGGAGCUGCAGACGACGCUAGCUGAGACGGAGAAGAAGUACUCUGCUGCUCAAGAGGAGAUUUCACUGCUGAGGCAGGAGGCGGAAGCUCAGGCACAGAGCUCUGUGGCACUCGCGGACCACACACAGGUGAUGUCAUCUCUGGGAAAUGCCAUCAAAGAGUUGGAAAGCCAGUCAGAAGCCCUGAAGGAACAGCUGCACCAGAAAACACUGCAGGUGGAGGCUCUUCAGAACAGGCUGACAGUAGAGAAGGACGUCACACCAGAUGAUUCAGUCUCCCGUGUGGAAUAUGAGACCACGAGAGAGCAACUGGAGGGCGAGGUGAACCACCUGACGCAGCUCCUCCAGGGGGCCCUCAGGAAGCAGGACGAGAUGGCUCUGGAGGCUGCUGAUGCAUGGCAGAAGGCCCGGGAGAAUCGUGCAGAGCGGGAGGCCCUGCAGGAGCUGGUGAUGUCAAGGGAGAAGGAAAAUCAGGCACUGACCUCUAGGCUGGCUGAGUCUCAGGAUUCUGUGUGUCAACUCAAACAGCUUGUGGAGAAUCACGUUGCCUCAGAGAGAGAGAAGAAUAAGAGAAUAGACGACCUGUCACGAGAGGUGGGGAAGCUGAAAGACGCCUUAAACAGCCUAUCACAGCUCUCCUACAGCUCUGGCUCUCCCUCCAAGAGGCUGCAGCAAAACCAGCAGCUGGAGACGAUGCAGCAACAAAUCAAACAACUCCAGUACCAGCUCGCUGAGUCAAAGAAGCAGCACAAUGAGAUCGUGUCAGUCUACAGGAUGCACCUCCUCUAUGCUGUCCAGUGGAGUGGAGGUAGAAAUCGUAGACAAAAAUCUUAAAUCUGGACAAAUCAACCCAAAAAUGCCCGUGGUCAGAUGGACGAGGAUGUCCAGAAAGCCUUGAAGCAGAUCCUGAUGAUGUGCAAGAUGCCAAGCCAAGCCAAGGAGGCCUGCUGAGACUCACCGGGCCUGGUUUCACAAACGCAUGGCGUGAACAAAAGUGUAGCGAGCUGCUGCCUGUCCUCCCAUCUGAAUUCACACAGUGCUUGUACAUAACAAGCAGGGCCAACACAUGGUGCCUCUGGAUAAAUCUUGAGUAUUUGUUAAUGAGGAACAGGUUUACAAUCAUUAUGUUCAUUGCCUUUGCUUGUUUUGAUCUAAAGGUCGUCAAUGUUGCGGUGGAUGAUGUUUUUGGGAAACCCAAGCCCGAGCAUACAGAUACUGUGCAUCGGCCAAUUGACCAUUCAUUUGAAUGGUAUCUUCUGUCUACCAGCCAAACUUAUAAUCUCAGUAUGUGCACGCUAACACUACACUGUCGAUGUGCAGUAACCUUAAAUCACAUGCAGUUGGACAAGUGCGAUAAUGCAAACAUACGUGUGUAUUCUGACAUAAACAUGUAGGUUGGCACUAAUCAGUCCAAUGUAAACGGUAAGAUUGAUGUGGUUUGUUCCUGUUACAAUGUGCGCUUUCGGAAAUAAAGCCUCAGUUAGCGCUGCUUUUAAUAGUAUCUAUUUUAUGAUACAGCUGUGUUUUUACUUGUCUAAAUGUUUCAUGGUUGCCAACAUUUUCCUGAUACAAUCUAAAUUAUUUGUGCCCUCGUAUAAAUGCAUGUGACUUUUGCUCAACGCCAGCCCAAAAAUCACAGAAAUCUUUUUUGGCCGCACUUCUUGGGAGGAAAAGCACGAUACUGUUUGUAUUGCUAUUUUCCUAUUAGCACAAAAAUGUAUUUUACUGAAAUGUAUUAUCAUGCCAUGUUUUCUAAGUUACUGUACCUUAUUGAAGAGGUUUGAUAGCUGUAUUUUUGAUGGCCUUGUUUUGUGUCUGCGUGUCUGUUGUGUGAAUGAGAUUUCGUGGAGUAAAAGAACGCACUAUUUGGUCUAGUAACACCGUAAUUAGUUUAUUUUCCAGUUAAAGUCAUUUUACAUUUAAGGGUUUGAAUAUAAUUGUUUACUCUAAUGGAGAAAAAAAAAAAAUUCAAUUGUAACAAAUGCAACAGUAUGGUAUUUUUGAGUCAGGAUAGUUAGGAGGUAUGAUUUUUAGUUCUUACAUUUCCUCUGCUCUUGUCUACUCUUAUACUUUGGUUGUUUGUUUCUUGAAAAGCAUGCAAAAUGUGUUUUAUGAAAGGAAAGUGGUUGAGUUUGUCGUCACGUGCCUCUAAUCAGACAGUAUUUUUCUGGCUCGGCAGUACUUUCAACUGAGUGUUACCAUCAUUAAUCACUAAUUCUGGAUUUAUCAUGAAUGACAAAUUCACCAGGUUUCCUUGUACCAUCUUAUUAAUUUAUUUACAUUUACCAGGAAUGCUUUUUUCUGUCUUCCUGUUUGUGAUACUCCCAAUCUCUUUUCAGUGUUUCUGCGUAGGUACGGAUAUACACUGUCUGUUUCAGAAUACAUUUCUUUUAACAUGUCUUCUAGAGGCUUCUGAACUGUUUUCACAUCACACUCCUUUGCCUUAGUACUGUACUUAUAGCCAUACGCCCUGAGAUAUCACCUUUCUUCUGAACAGAUUGACAAUAUACCUAACACUAAUGGGUCUUUUUAACUGUAGUCAGAUGAAAUUAAAGUGAUAUCUGAAGCUCAAUUGUCACUCAGGAACGUUUUUACUGAGCAUGAUUUACACCUGACUGACAUUUGUUCGACCCUGAGUUGAGCUUCCGCUUUAUUUCAUAGGUUGUAGGAUAUCCUAAAUUACUUUUCUCUCCUUUUCUCUCUAGGCCUUGACUGAAAUGUUUUGUAACGAAAAAGGGAAAAGAAAGGAACACCUUUUCUGCUGGUUGUUUCUUAACUAACAGUUUUGUAGCGACAUGAAAAAUGCUUGUUUGUCAACUGCUUUUUCUGCCCACAUUAAUAAAUUUCCAAGAUACUGAA